GGUUAGUUGACGUCAUGGGGAAAUAUAACGUUUGACUCACUUCCCCAGUUAUCGUUAUUCGUGGUGUGUGUGUCUGGAGGAAACGGAGUCACUUUAAUUACGUUCAGUUUUGGAAUAAUCCAGCAGUUACCAAUCGACGGACCAUAAUCGCCGUUAUUUAAAUGUUCUAGUAAGAUGGCUCGUACCAAGCAGACCGCCCGCAAGUCCACCGGAGGAAAGGCGCCAAGGAAGCAGCUCGCUACAAAGGCAGCCAGGAAAAGCGCGCCAUCCACCGGAGGAGUAAAGAAACCCCAUCGUUACAGGCCAGGGACCGUGGCUCUGCGUGAGAUCCGUCGUUACCAGAAGUCAACAGAGCUGCUGAUCCGCAAGCUGCCCUUCCAGCGCCUGGUGAGAGAAAUCGCCCAGGACUUCAAGACAGACCUGCGUUUCCAGAGUGCUGCCAUUGGAGCUCUUCAGGAGGCCAGCGAAGCAUACCUGGUGGGUCUGUUCGAGGACACCAACCUGUGUGCCAUCCACGCCAAGCGUGUCACCAUCAUGCCCAAAGACAUCCAGCUGGCCCGGAGGAUAAGGGGAGAGCGAGCUUAAAUGGCAUUCAACUGCCUGCUCCAGACAUAAUCCUAUUUAUCUUACUUAACAAUUUAAUGUUUUAUUUUUAUUUCCAGUUUUUUUUCUUUUUUUCGUAUUUUAGAAUGAUAAGAGAUGGGUCAUUCCACAAACCUCAAUUCAGAUCUGGCCAAUGUGAGGACAGAGGAAUUUAGGAAUAUCUGCUUCAAUUGCAAAUGAGGCUUGUUUUUACAUUGAGUAGAGGAUAGUGUAUUACAUGACUGUAUUGACUGUACAGUCAGAUGCCCUCUUCAAAUGUUAACUGUCUCAUUUUGGAUCCUGGUGGAUAGUAUAGGCUCCAGAUGAGGUUGGAGCUCUUGCUUGUGGGGGGGGGGGGGGGGAUUCAAGAUGUCUGAAUUCUUCUCAGCUGCCAGGGGAAGGAAUGGUCUGGGUCCUUCAUCAAUUUCCACCCUUUGUCUGUCAGCAUGUCUUGCACAACACCUCACUACACAGUGGUGUCGGGAUUUACCUCUUGACACUGUCUAGGAUGGCCAGGAGCACGACAAAGCCCCCCUGUAUAUUCUGAACUGCUUUUUACAUGUUAUUUUCCCAACAUAUAAAACCUUGGCAGCUACAUUUAAUACUAUUUAUGGAAGCGUUGUCACAUUGUAGUCUUUCUAUUAAAUGUCUUUAUGAAUAAA